AUGCUGGUGACAGAGGAAGCACACAAGAAACCAUAUUCUCGAGGAGGCUGCCGAGAAUGCAAGAGGCGUAAAAUCCGAUGCCCCGAGCAGAAACCAAGCUGCCAGACAUGCGUGAGACUAGGCAAGACGUGUUCGUAUCCGUUGGCUGGUGAAAAAGUCUUGAGGAUAUCACGUAGGUUGAUCAGGGACGAGAUUGAAAAUUUGGGCAAAUCGACUCAUUUCCUACCUGUGCAGUACGACAUGCCGAAAAGAGCUGCUCGUUCCAAAGUUUCCAGUGAUCAUGAACAGGUGAUGCAAUUUACUGAAAAUAAGCAACAAGACCAGAUAAAUUCUUUAGGCGGUGGUGGUGUUGGCGCUGGCGACGUACAGAAACGAUCAGCUUUGAACAUUGAGAAUCUAAUUAACGACAACACCAAUAUGCCCAAGAAUGGGCCAAGUGGUGCUGGUGGUGAGCAAUUUGAUUUCCUAAGUGGCACAGACUUAAACAUCUUAACUACAGACUUGUCGAAUUUCGUGAAUGAGCUAAUGGAGUAUCUGAAUCUACGGCCGUUCCAAGAUGAUUUCCAAUUUGAUUUCUGGAACACCAAUACUGCCAACCCUCCGCUUAUGCCUCACCAAGAGCCUCUACUUCACAACGACGAAGAGUUUAUCGUCAAUUUGCCCCUCGAUUACAUCAAACUUAAACGCAAACACGAAGUCCUCUACUUGGAACAGUUUUACAACAAUUUCGCAAACAUAAUCGAACCAUUUGACGCUUACAACCCGGCUACGAAAUGCAUCUCAAACCCAGCCCGGGAUAUAAUCUUGAAAACAGCAAGCACCGAACCGUUCUUGCUAGCUGCCGUGCUCGCUGAGGGAGCCAAAACCAGCUACAUGAAGUAUUCGCAACCUGAAGACGAAAAAGCAUAUGGUGCCUACUUAUCCAAAUGCUUGAAACUACUCGAACCAGCAAAGAAGGAGCAAGUAAAUGACCUAAGUGCCAACAUCGAAGCUGUCUUGUUGACAUUGCUACUACUCACUGCUGCCACUGCUACAAGUACCCAGCAAUGGAGACCACAUCUCACGGGAUGUAAAGACUUACUCCUCAAGAUUUCCACCCAGACCAAUUCCCCCAGCACGCAUCCCGUGUCUCGAGUAUUUGUAUUUUGCAAAUACUGGUUCUUGUCAAUUGAAAUACUCGCGGGGCUAAGCACUAAUCUCGGGGGCACGUUGCAAACCGAUACCGAGAUAGACCAACUCAUGUCCGAUGGAAGCGACUACGAGAUCUCGGUGUUGAAAGAAAUGGGCAUCAUCACCGAGCAAGGCUUUAAUAUCUUGAUGGGGUAUCACAACACCGUCAUUUCGAGCUUCCGCGACUUGCUCAAAUUGCUCAACCAGCACCGCAAAAACCAAGACUCCAUCGACCCGUUCCAAAACAUGAAUAUCCUCGCGGAAUUCUAUAACCAGGCACGAAUGGUGUAUUUGGAUUCAGCAGGGAUAGUCCCCGAGUCAGAGCUUCAAUUGAAAUACACACCCGGGUUGCCCAUUGAAGAAAUCCGCGUGGGCGAGCAGAUAUAUUGGCUAAGCUGGCAAGAUAUCCUGCAUCAAGCGUUUGUGCUUAGUUCCAUAGUGAUGAUUUUGACCCGUUUUUUCCAACUAAGCGCAACGAACCCCAACGUCAGCUUGGUGGUGGAUAAAUUGGUUUCGUUUAUACACUACUUGCACGAGUUUUCCGACGUGCAACAACACGCCUCGCCUUUUUUGUUGUUGAUGAUCCAGUGGCCUUUACUCGUCAGCGGGCUAGAGAGCACAAAGAGGGAGCAGCAGCAGUUGCUUUUGAAGUAUUUCGCCAUGGUUGGCCAAAUCGGGGCGUCGACAGCCAAUAUCUCGGUGCAGAUGUUGCAAAAGAGGUGGGGGUAUGUUAAUGUGCCUGGCACGAGAACCCUGGAUGGUAACGGUGACGCUUUAAUUUACUAA